AUGUUGGGUCGUGCCAGCUUGUUGAUGUCUGGCGCUGUAACACAACGCGCAGUAGUGCGCUCUAUCUCUCCAGUCAAAGAAUGCCGCCGAUUUGCCUCAGGCGGCCACGGACCUAGCUACAACGAGCCAUCUGGCUACUUGUUUGGUGAAAAGCCACCUGCACCAGGCACGAAGCGUGUAAAAGAUGCCUGGGAAAUGCCCUGGUACCUGGGCAUGUAUGGCGGUGCCGCCGUGUUUGCCCUUGUGAUGUACUUCAAGCCCGACCGCAGUGUCCGGACAUGGGCCGCUCCAGAAGCUGAGAAGCGUCUGGAUGAGGCGGGUAUUGAGUGGCGCUACAAGCCCUCGCCCAACUCAGGCUACCCGAAUGGCAUUCCUUAA